GAUGAACGAGAAAUAUCUGAAUAUUAUCAGCGGCUUGAUAUUCUUAAAAUAACUUCUGUCAGUGUUGUCAAGAGACCGCAGUGAAUGGUUGUAGCAACGGUUUACUUCCGGUCUCUCGUUUUUUCUUAACUUUCCUAUUGAUUGUCAACAAACAGAUUUAACCAUGGCAACAGAAAUCGAUAUGAUUACUAAAAAGCCUAGGACAGCAAGAGAUCCUUACACCACACUAACAGAUACACAGAUUGGUAAUCUAAAAAAGGAUCCCUCAGCCUUUUUUAUGACCAGUAAACCUGAGAAGGCCUAUCCAGAUAAAGGAUGGACUUUGGACAGAUAUGCCACAUGUACCAAUGAACAUUUGUUUAGAGGUCACCUGUCACAACCUCAUUGCUGGAUUGACACACAGUGGCAAAGAGAUCCAGCUAAAGACCACAAUAAUAGUAUAUUAGGAGCAUCACAAAGAUGGGGACCUGAUAAAGUUGGAGUGAGGACUGUUCAACAUUUUAACAGACCAGAAGAUCCUAAUAGAUUUGUCAAUACAGAGCUAUACAGACGACAGAAUACAAACAGACCAGGAACAGUUCACAUGAAACAUGGUCGACCAGGGGAGGGGUACUACUUAAUGAGGAAUCCAAAUUCCCAGACAUGGUUUGGUUCCACAGUUCCACUAAACAGAACGGGUAUAUUACAAGACAUUAGACCUAAAACAAUCGGUGAAUAUGAGGCAAUAAGGAACCAACACAAAUCUCAAGUGUUAGAAAGGAAAGGAAAAUAUCCAGCGUACUCAGAAUAUACAGAUAGCAUUGGUUUGAAAACUAAAUUAGUGCCAAUUAUGACAACGGAUGCUUUUACACCAGAAUUGUUUGUCAGACGGCAACGGAGGAAGAUGUACCUAGAAGGAGAAGUCUAAAUAGCCGAAGUAGGAUGAUUAUAUUCACUGUUAAUUGUUUUAGUGCACGAGUCAGUCUUGAGACAGGAUUAAUAUGUCUGAGAAUUCUCAAAAUACUGAUGAUACAUUUUAAGCAUUAUGUAUGUUGAGUAUAUGUUAAAAUGUAAUAAACUAGGGAAUGAGAGAAUGACAAUUAGGAAUAAUUUACAGUAAAACCUGUCUAUAAUGAAGCCUUUUAUACAUAUUAUUUGGUUGUAAUUGAUAGUUGUUUGAUUUAGACAGUUAAAAUUAUUACAGGUAUAUUAUUUAUCUUGAUAUUCAAGUUUAAUGCAGACAGGUUUCCAUAUAGACAGGUGUUACUGUUUAAAAUCAUUGUCCAUUAAUUAUUGAAAGUAGAAAUUUGAUAUUAACAAAUAUUUUCCACCAUGUUGAAAGGCUGUGAUGUUAUAAUUGCCCACUGUUAAUUGUUCUCUAUUACUAGAUGACUUUGUAAGUGUUCACAUUGUGAGCCUAUUAUUUUGCAUUACUUAUAUUUAACUUAGAUUCUAACUUCAAGAUGACUAUGAUAUUUCAAAGUUAUAUGUGAAAAUCAUCUUUUAAUUUUAUAAUGUAUAACAGAUAAAAUAGGAAGUGCUGUUAUAGUUUUAUAUAAAAUACUAUUUCAUUUUAAAGAAAUAUAUCCCUGUGAUGUAGCUUUAAAUUGUCAUAUUAUUUUUCCAUGAAUGUUUGUUGGACAAAUGUGUAUCAUGUUGCUUCAUUAUCACAUGGAUUAGAGACCCAUUAGGGUAGGAAAUGAAUAGCAACACAUGUAAUUUGUUAUUGUCUGUUAGCCAAAUAAAAAAAUAUAUUUUA